UUAUUCCCACAGAGUUUCCAAUGGAUGUCUCGUGUCCUUCAAGCGGUAGAUUCCAUUCACGCGGUUGGAAUAUAUUGUUUGGCAUUGGUCCCGCCAAAUUAUCUUCCGAAAACGCCGCUAGGUGGCAUUCAUCUGUCGGACGAACGACGUUUCUUAGAGGGUACUCUACAUCCGGCUAAUGUUCUUCUUUGUCCGCACACUUGCGUUACCAAUCUACCGAAACCACGCGAAGUCCAUUCAGCGGGGGAUUCUGUUGCAGACGUUGGUCCGGCCAGUGUCAUGGUGGGCAACAUUGUUCAGGGUAAUAGACUGGCAUCAGCUCAAGGACGAGAUAUGGGUGUCUUGGAUGAGGACAGUGAUAAUGCUAAAAAGUAUCAAUUCAUUUCGGAAAUACUGCGAUGGCGUGCUGUCAGUACUUCUGAUCACGUGAUCUUCACAUCGUUAAAUGCAAAAGGAGCUGUAGCAACUUCUUUAUCGUGCUCGCAGUUGCACAAAAAAGCCGAACGAAUCGGGAAUCUGUUGUUGGAUCGUGGAAGAAUCAAUACCGGAGACCACGUAGCAUUAAUAUUUCCUCCUGGUACAGACUUGAUAUGCGCAUUUUAUGGUUGCCUUUAUGUUGGCGCCGUGCCAGUUACAAUUAGGCCACCUCAUCCGCAAAACCUCCAAACUACUUUACCAACUGUUCGUAUGAUUGUGGACGUCAGUAAGUCUGUGCUCGUGCUCACCAAUCAAAAUAUCCUGAAACUGUUGAAAACAAAGGAAGCGAACAAUGUUGUCGACAUUAAGAGUUGGCCAACAAUCCUCGAUAUGGACGACAUGCCAAAGAAGAAGUUACCUGUUAUGUAUCGAGCGCCCACUGCAGAGAUGCUUGCUUACUUAGAUUUCAGCGUCUCAACAACAGGAAUGCUAGCAGGAAUUAAAAUGUCUCAUGCAGCAGUGACGUCUCUUUGUCGUGCCAUGAAACUUGCCUGUGAAUUGUAUCCAUCCAGGCAUAUCGCUCUGUGUUUAGACCCUUAUUCUGGAUUAGGGUUCGCCCUUUGGUGUUUGAGUAGUAUAUAUAGCGGUCAUCAUUCCAUACUUAUACCACCAUCGGAGGUUGAAGUUAAUCCAGCCUUAUGGUUAUCAGCAGUUAGUCAAUCCAGAGUAAGAGACACGUUUUGUUCUUACGGUGUAAUGGAGUUGUGUACCAAGGGUCUAGGUUCUUCUGUUCAUGCUCUAAAAGCACGAGGCGUUAGUUUAGCCUGCGUCAGAACGUGUGUUGUCGUAGCUGAAGAAAGACCGCGAAUCGCACUUACUACGAGCUUCAGUAAACUCUUCUCUGCUUUGGGUCUAAGUCCACGUGCUGUCUCGACCUCUUUCGGGUGUAGAGUAAACACAGCUAUUUGCUUACAGGGUGCAUCGAGUCCAGAACCUUCUACAGUAUACGUUGAUCUCCGCGCAUUGCGCAAUGACCGAGUAUCUCUAGUUGAAAGAGGUAGUCCACACUCUUUAUGUCUGAUGGAAUCGGGUAAAUUAUUACCUGGAGUGAAGGUAAUUAUUGCCAAUCCAGAAACGAAAGGACAAUGCGGAGAUUCUCAUUUAGGAGAAAUUUGGGUGCAAUCUGCACAUAACGCCAGUGGCUAUUUCACGAUAUAUGGUGACGAGAGCGAUUAUGCUGACCACUUCAAUGCCCGUCUCGUAACUGGGAAUACAAAUGAAGUUUACGCCAGAACUGGUUAUCUUGGUUUCUUAAGACGUACCGAAAGCGUUCAGCAAUCGGUUAUCAGUGAUAUUCCCGGUGAUACUUCUGCCGAAGCGGAUCUUGUUCCUGGAGACUCUGAAUUACACGAUGCUGUGUUCGUAGUUGGUGCCCUCGAUGAGGCCAUUCUACUCAGAGGAAUGAGAUAUCACCCGAUCGAUAUCGAGAAUAGCGUGAUGAGAUGUCAUAAGAAAAUAGCAGAAUGGUAAGUGUAUGCAAAUGCAAGUGUGUUGAAAAUUGUAAGUUAAUUAA